CAAACGGUCUGAGCGCGUGGCUGGCAGCGGGCGGAGGAGCGACUGACGUCCGGUGGUGUCCGGAGAAGCAGGACAGGGGACAGGCGUUCGGCCUUUGCUCAGGAGGGCUUAGGCUUUUGGCCUUUUCUCUGAAGGAUGACAGUGCUUCCGUUUGGUGUCUGGGCCCUGCUGGCCUUGAUCCCUUGCCCAGGGGCCACAGAAGAGCUAUUUGAGGUUUCUGUUUGGCCAAAUCAGGCUCUCGUGAGGUUUGGACAGUCUCUAGUGGUCAACUGCAGUACCACCUGCCCAGACCCAGGACCCAGUGGAAUUGACACCUUCUUAAAGAAAACCCAGGUGGAUGAAGGGCGUCAGUGGAAGCUGUUCCUCCUGGAGGGUGUCACAGAGAACUCUGUCCUGCGGUGCUUCUUUUCUUGUGCAGGGAUCCAGAAGGACGCAAGCCUUGACAUCACUGUGUAUCGUGAGCGGGAGCCGCCAGAGCAGGUGAUCCUGGAGCUGCAGCCCGACUGGGUAGCCAUGGAUGAAGCCUUUACAGUGAGGUGCCUUGUGCCCCGUGUGGCACCCCUGGAGUACCUCACCCUUACCCUUUUCCAGGGUAACCAAGAGCUAUACAGAAAGAACUUUGUCAGCUUGGCUUUGGCCUCUCAAAGAGCUGAGGUCACCAUCAGUAUCAAAGCGCAGAGGGAGGAUGACAGGUGCAAUUUCUCCUGCAGUGCAGAAGUGGAUUUGAAUUCACGAGGUGGAGGGCUCUUUCGUGGCCGCUCAGCCAUCAAGGUGCUCCGGAUCUUUGAAUUCUUUCAGAGCCCCCUGAUCUGGGUCUCUUCAGUCCUGGAAGUUGGGACGGCAGAGCCUGUGAGCUGUGAGGUGGCCAGGGUGUUUCCAGCCAAGGAAGUUGUAUUCCACAUGUUCCUGGGAGACCAGGAGCUGAGCCCCUUCCUCUCCUGGAAGGGAGACACAGUGUGGGCUAAUGCCACCGUCCGGGCCAUGGAGGCUGGUGACCAGGAAGUGUCAUGCUUUGUGUCUCUGGGUCCAGUGGAACAGCAGACAAGGCAGCUAGUGCGUAUCUACAGUUUCCCUCCACCAAUCCUAGAGAUAGAAGAAUCACACACGCUGGCAGGGACAGAUGUUAAUGUAACCUGCUCGGGGCAUGCACUAACUUCACCCAGUCCUACUCUUCGGCUUCAAGGGGCCCCCGAUGUCCCUGCCCCUGGGGAACCUGCCUGGCUUCUGUUUACUGCCAAGGAGGAAGAUGAUGGCCGAAAUUUCUCCUGUGAGGCCUCUUUGGAGGUGCAGGGUCAGCGACUGGUUAAAACUACUGUGAUUCAGCUCCAUGUUUUAUACAAGCCAAGGUUAGAAGAAUCUGGUUGCCCUGGCAACCAGACGUGGGUAGAAGGGAAGGAGCAGAUGCUUGCUUGUGUCCCAGAGGGAAACCCAGCCCCGGCUUUAGCGUGUACCUGGAAUGGGGUUGUCAUUGACCUCGCAGUGCCACAGAAAGCGACCCAGAGCCGCACUGGGAUCUACUGCUGCACGGCCACCAACCAGCUGGGCUCUGUCAGCAAAGACAUUGCUGUGACUGUUCAAGGACCCAGCGAAGGAAGCAGUUCUACCAUCUUCUUCAUUAUUUUUGUCCUCCUUGUAGUGGCUAUAAACACAACAACUCUGUGUUUUAACUGUCGGCCCUGCAAGAGAAAGAAGAGGAAACUGCCUUAUCAUCCGAACAAAGCGGAGCAAAGCCAGUAUGCUGUUCAACAAGCAGAAAUGUGCAACUCCCGUAAUUUUUGUGUAGAAUCAGGUCUUCAGGUGAAUGAGAUUUCUACUAUCGGGGUUUCCCAAGGAGGGAAGAGUGGAUCAAGGAAAAAGGAAGAAACAUUGUGAGACUGCAUGACCCUCCAUGCUCUGCUGUUCAUGUGCCCUUGUCCUGUGUGUCCAAUCCGUGCACACAUUUUUCUGAGUUUAUUCCAGUAAGUAGGAAUUUUAGUUUUGUGUUCAAUUAGUGAGAGGACCUUUUUCUCCCUGCUGUGUGUGUAGUCUAUUCUUAGAUUAAAAAAGAUUUGGCAAUUGCCUCUUCAUUCCCACUGCUCUUUUUUCUCAAACAUCAGACUAAAGAGAUAAUCAGAAAUAUUUUAUUCACGGUUUCCUGAUGACUAAAUGGGAGCUAAUUUCUUGGACCAGCAAGACGACUUCAAAGGGGCUACCAAUCAGAGGGCGAGGAAUCAGAACCCCGUCCUAUUCCCUUGCUCCCCUAGGCUGGGGUUCUGGAGUGCCAGCUCCCACAGCUGAGCUUGAUGAAGCCAUGAGAGGUCAGUGGCGGUUAUGUCACCAGACAGGGUCCAAGGAGGUCUCCAAAGUGGACAUGGGGAGCCCAUGGGACAGAUUGCAGGUUCACUGACUUCCAUCGCAGAAAAAGAAUCUUCAGGACGCAUCAGUAAGAUGCAUAAAGGGAUUUAUUAGGCAUAAUUUAAAACACACUGAAGCAAAUGAAACUGCCGGCACUCCAGAGAGAGGUGUGCUAAUGGCCCUGAGCUGGGUUAUUUAUGGCAGAAAACUGCAGAACUUGUGAAUCUGUGAAGAGGGAAUUCAAUUUGUAGUUGAAAGGCGACAGCUCUUUCUGCAGGGGGACGAUGGUGGCCCAUUCUUAGAGGGUAGCGGUCAAUACCAUCUCCAGGGAAAGGCCAAUCUCACAGGUGAAAAGAGGUGAUCUACUAUAGGUAACAUCGAUUUAUAGGUAAAAGGGGAUGGCCCCAGUUCAUCUGCAGUAUAAGGAAGUGCCCCAGUCCUACUGUAUCAUGGGAGAAAAAUUUUUUUAAAACUAGAUUUAUGUCUUGAAGUUGCAGUUUUCAUUAUUAUACAAAGUCUU